AUGUGGCGUACAACCACCCUCCAACGGCCCCUCUGUCUCACUGCCCUCCCUUCUCUCCGCCAGAAACCCAUCUGUCGGGCACUGCAAAAACGCAACCCCCACAUCAGCGCCCACCCCGCUUCCUCCUCCGCUUCCUCCUCCUCCUCCCCAUCCUCCUCCAUCCGCCCCGACAAACACCCCGAAUCCGACCUGGACCGCCACCUCCUCAGGCCCCUGUCCACCGAGACCUCCAAGUCCGGCACCGACGACGCGGCCGCCCACCACCCGUGGUCGUUCGAUCCGACCAUCACCGACCCGGAGCUGGAGCUGCAGGCCUCGGACGCCGAGUGCGCCCUCGACGAUUAUCGAACCGACGACCCGCUGUACGUCAGUCCGGGGAACCCCGAGGUCAGUCGGUUUCUGGACCCGAUGGCGGGCGGGGCGGCGCACAAUGCGGUGAAAGCGGGGUGUUCCGGGAUGGGAUGGGUGCGCAAGGGGCAUGUGGUGAAGGUGAAGAAGGGACUGGCUGGGGGGGAGACGAUGAAGGUGUGGAGAGAUGUGAGGGUGGUGGGGGAGAGAGAGAGAUCGAGGGAGAGGAUGAAGGGGAAGGGUUGAGUCUGUGUGUGGUGUAUGCGGAGGACAGUGGUGGGUGUAAGUUUCAAACAGAAAUGGGACGGGAGAUUAUUUUGUUUGGCGUUGUUGAUAUGGUAUGAUUGUUGAUUGAUAAUAUAUAAGUUAUAUCAAGUCAUUCAUUGAUAAGUAUACAUUAUGCAGAUGUUAGCAUUAUGCCGUGUAAUUAUUUU